CGCUCACGGGACGCUGGCGGGGCUGUGACGUCGCGCUGUGGUAGAGGGGCUCGGCUUGUCAGAGUUCCUUGGGAAUUUAAAGAACAUUUAAAAAAAAAAAAAAGAGGAGAGGUGGAAAAAAGGAACAGUUAGAAGAUUUGAACACUGGACCAGAGGAUUAAGGAUAUCUCCGUAGAACAUCAAAACUUAAAAAGCUUUUGAAAGUAUCUUGUCUCCUCAUUGGUCGUUUUGGUCAGGUGCCAGCGAUGUUAUCCUAGCUUCUUAACCCUUUACAGAUGUGGUGACUAGAAGAACCUCUAUUGUUGCCCAUAGCGCAUAUAGUGCCUUAUAAAGAUGGGGUUUGGAAGUGACCUGAAGUAUUCUCAUGAUGCUUUGUUAAAAUUGCAAGAUUGGGAGUUACGACUACUGGAAACUGUGAAGAAAUUUAUGGCCAUGCGAGUAAAAAGUGACAAAGAAUAUGCAUCCACGUUACAGAAUCUUUGUAAUCAAGUUGAUAAAGAGAGUACUUCCCAACUGGAUUAUAUUAGCAAUGUAUCCAAGUCUUGGCUGCUUAUGGUACAGCAGACAGAGCAACUUAGCAGGAUAAUGAAGACACAUGCAGAAGAUCUUAACUCUGGGCCACUACAUAGACUUACAAUGAUGAUCAAAGACAAGCAACAAGUAAAGAAGAGUUACAUAGGUGUUCAUCAGCAAAUUGAGGCAGAGAUGUUCAAGGUUACAAAGUCAGAACUGGAGAAAUUAAAAUCUAAUUACAGACAAUUAAUAAAAGAAGUUAACUCUGCCAAAGAGAAGUAUAAAGAAGCUGUGGCUAAAGGAAAGGAGACUGAAAAAGCCAAAGAUCGUUAUGAUAAAGCCACUAUGAAACUUCACAUGCUGCAUAAUCAGUAUGUGUUGGCACUGAAGGGAGCACAGUCACAUCAGCACCAGUACUAUGACACUACGCUUCCUCUGUUACUUGAUUCAUUACAGAAGAUGCAAGAAGAAAUGGUUAAAGCACUAAAAGGAAUCCUUGAUGAAUACAGUCAGAUCACCAGUCUUGUAACAGAAGAGAUAGUGAAUGUCCAUAAAGAGAUCCAGACUUCUGUUGAACAGAUAGACCCUAACUCAGAGUACAAUAGCUUCAUAGAAGCUCACAGGUCACCAGAGAAUGUAGAACAAGAAAUAGUGUUUGAUAUAUCUUUACUGGAAGAAAACGAAAAUCUUCAAGCUAAUGAGAUAAUGUGGAAUAACUUAACAGCAGAAAGCUUGCAAGGAAUGUUGAAAACAGUAGUAGAAGAAUUGAUUCAGACACAGCAGACGCUUUUGAACAAAGAGGAGCUUUUGUUGGAACUAGAAAAGAAAAUAGAAGAAUCUUCUAAGACCUGUGAAAAAAAAUCAGACAUUGUGCUUUUGCUGAGCCAGAAGCAAGCACUGGAGGAACUCAAGCAAACAGUUCAGCAAUUAAGAUGCACUGAGGCAAAAUUGUCAGCCCAGAAAGAACUUCUAGAACAAAAAGUUCAGGAGAAUGAUGGGAAAGAGCCACCUCCAGUAGUAAAUUAUGAAGAAGAUGACAGAUCAGUCACUUCUAUGGAUAAGAAGGAUAAGGUGUCCAGGUUUGAUACUAUUCGUCACUCCAUAGCUGGAAUGAUAAGAUCUCCAAAAUCCAUGCUGGGCUCUUCAUCAUUCUUUGAUGUAAUAUCAACCAGCGAGAAACCAUUGGCAGAGCAAGAUUGGUAUCAUGGUGCAAUUCCAAGAAUAGAAGCCCAGGAGCUGUUAAAGCAGCAAGGAGACUUCUUGGUGCGAGAGAGCCACGGGAAACCUGGUGAAUAUGUCCUUUCUGUGUUUUCAGAUGGACAACGGAGACACUUUAUCAUACAAUAUGCUGAUAAUCAGUACCGAUUUGAAGGAACUGGGUUUCCAACUAUUCCUCAGCUUAUAGACCAUCAUUACACAACAAAACAAGUAAUUACUAAGAAAUCAGGUGUAGUUCUGCUGAAUCCUGUUGUUAAGGAUAAGAAAUGGGUUCUCAAUCAUGAAGAUGUCACACUGGGAGAAUUACUGGGCAAAGGUAAUUUUGGUGAAGUAUAUAAGGGAACAUUAAAGGAUAAAACUCCUGUUGCUGUAAAAACUUGUAAAGAAGAUCUUCCUCAGGAACUGAAAAUAAAAUUUUUAUCAGAGGCCAGAAUACUCAAGCAAUAUGACCAUCCCAAUAUUGUCAAGCUAAUAGGAGUUUGCACUCAAAGGCAGCCUAUUUAUAUAGUUAUGGAACUUAUUCCAGGAGGCGAUUUCCUCUCCUUUUUAAGAAAGAAGAAGGAUGAGCUAAAAACCAAACAGUUAGUGAAAUUUUCAUUAGAUGCUGCUGCUGGUAUGGCGUAUCUCGAAUCUAAAAACUGUAUACACAGGGACCUUGCUGCAAGGAACUGCCUGGUAGGUGAAAAUAAUGUUCUGAAAAUCAGUGACUUUGGAAUGUCUCGUCAAGAGGAUGAUGGGGUAUAUUCAUCUUCAGGCUUAAAGCAGAUUCCUAUCAAAUGGACUGCUCCAGAGGCACUCAACUAUGGGAGAUACACUUCUGAAAGUGAUGUAUGGAGCUUUGGGAUUCUUCUUUGGGAGACCUUCAGUCUAGGUGUAUGUCCAUACCCUGGAAUGACCAACCAACAAGCACGGGAACAAGUGGAGAAAGGAUAUCGAAUGUCAGCACCUCAAAAGUGCCCAGAGGAAAUAUAUAAAAUAAUGCAGAGGUGCUGGGACUACAAACCAGAAAACCGACCAAAAUUCAGCGAGAUUCAGAAAGAACUAUCUUCAGUCAAAAAGAAAGUGACAUAGUGAUAAAGUAGUGCCAAACUCAACCUACAGGACUCUGUUUUUCAACAAAGUAAUAUUUUUCCCUCAAACACUGUGCGUUUAUACCACAUUAUCUGCAAUAUUCUUCUAGGGUUACUUUUUUAAAAUUAACUCUUUUUUAUAUAUGUGCGUCCACACGCACACCAUCUUGGAAAAUGUCUAAGCAUACAUUAAAAAGAAACGAUUCUGCCAAAUGUUAUAUAUCUAGUCAUUUAGGAUACAUGUAAAUAGAACAUCACACACUACAGAUUUAAGGGACUGUGACUCCUAUCUAUUUUACAGUGAUAAACUGCUCGUGACAUUUCCCAAAGGUUUUCUACUUUAUGCUGCAUUCUUAAUUUGCUAUCCCAGAUGCAGAUAUCAACACCAGUGGCACUAAAAAUGGUGGCUAUGCCAUGUUUCUGAAGACCUUAAAUCUGAGGACCACAAUUUUUGAAUAGUAUUUCAAUUAGGAACUUUAUAUUUUUUUUAAAUCAUUUCUGCAACUGAUAUUUUAAAUGAUAUAUUGCUUUAAGAAAGAACAUCAGUUAAGAUUCUGGAUGUCCAUGUAUUCUUUUUAAACAAAGAAAUCCAUAAUUUUUUUGUAGAAUAAUAUUCACAUCAUUUACAAACACGUCCUUAGAUUUCUUACAGUUGCUUCCAUCAUAGUAAAUAUGUUCAACUUUGGACAUUACUUGCUGCUUUUUUCCUGUGAAAAAUUUAGUAGUUUAUCAGGAAUCUUUAUGCACAAAUCUCCUUUGAUGGGCUAGGUUUUUUCUAAAAGGCCAACAUCCAGUCUUGUGUGAUACCUGUCUGUCGGGAAAUACUCCAAAUCAUCUGCCUUUCAAAGUACAAGCAGAAGAAGAAAACUGUUGGUUUUGAAUGUACACUUGUAGAAAAGCAGCCAGGAGGAAGCACGUUUGAGAACGAGAGUAGCAAGUAAUGAAGGUAACUGGUAGCACUGAUUUUAGAUGAGUAAAAGAAAGUGAACUGCCAAAUUGGCUUUUGGAGGUUCUCUGAUACCUUUCUGAAUAUUUUUUUUUCACAUUUCAAAUAAUUGAUAUGCCUUUUCUGCAUGCAGUUGGAGUCACCAAAAGGACAUGUUUAAAACCACGUUCCAUGCGUAUUGUCCAAAGAAAAUGGUUACAUCUCCAUUGCAGAAAGAAAUGCUACCUGUUUCAAACCUCUGAAAGGCUGAACAAGGCAUAGAGUAGAAAUAUUAAUCUACAGAACUGUCUUUAAGUUGCAUCUAGAUUUGUUCUCAGUUUCAAAAGUAGGUUUGCAUACUCACACUGUCAAGGAGGAAAAGAUUGGUAUAAAAAUAGUAUUCUUAUAAGAAGAAUAAAAGCUAAUCAGUCCAGGGGUGGGGAUGCAAAUAGUUUGUGGCUUGGACCUAUCGCUACAAAAGGCCUUGAUAAGAAUUCCUGACUACCAUAGAGACCUGUGACUUUAGAAACAAAGUUAUGAUCUGGGAGACCUAUGGUUUUGAUUUAGGCCUAUUUCUAAUCAUUAUCAAGGUGUGUUAACAAGGAAUUAACUGCCAGAGGAAUGAAAGAGAAACUUUCAUUUGUGGCUGCAUUAUAUUUUAUUUCUAUUGUGGUGACUUUUCUAUUGUCCAGAAUGCAAUUUCUGCUUUUUAAAAUAUAUUUAUGGUAGUAUUGAAAGGGAUAUGUGUGACUAAAGUAUUUGUAGGCUAUGAGUGUUUCGACCAGUAUCUAUUACAUUAAAUUUAGCGUCCAAACGAACAGUGAAGCGGCAUGCUAGAGAACACUUUUUUCAUUGUAGGUGGACUUGUUAGCAAUCUGGGUUUGUUCUGGGGCAAAGGAAACAAACACACUGGGAAAAUGGAGUAGAAACUGAAAAUAAAAGGACAAAUUAGUGUCAUCCCUUUAUCAUUAUUAUUUCUUUAUGUAAAUACUGCGUACAUUUAAUUAUCACUAUGCUCACACUUGGUCCAAAGAUACUUGUCUCAAAACCAGUAAGAAACGUUGUUUAGUCAGUUAACAUUGAUACUAAAUGUUACACAAACAGCGUGCCUUAAUGAGCUGGCGUGCUUGUGUGAAUAAAAGUGCAUGAAAAUGCCAGAAAUAUGCAACGAUAACUCUGGGAAGAAUCCAUGUCCCAAAUCAAUAAAUCACCCAACUACAGGUCCUCAUCUAUGCACUCGCUAAUGUUUAAAAGUAAGGACAAGAAUGUAUUCACUUUUAUUUAGAUUAACACACUUUUUUUUAAGUGAAUGAAAGAGACUAUACUAUUCCAAAGGAUGCAUAUAUCCAACCUUUCAACAAGAAAAUAGAACAGUUCUUUUUGUCUUAAUUUGAUAAGCAGGACACACAAUUCUGAUUCUUAUGUACAGAGGUAAAAGGACAUCAACUGUAUUCAUUUUUCACUUAUCUGAGCAGUUAACAUUUUGCAAUUCAUAUCAUACUUCUGUUUAAACUGAAAAGGCUUUUCAAAGCAUGGAAUACCUGCAGCACAUAGAGUAUGUUGUAUUCUUUGUCCUAAAGCAGAUAGAAAUUCAAUUCAUGAUUAAUAACCCUUUGGGAGACUGUCAGGAUGAGUUCAUUGGUAUAGAAUACAUUUAAUAUAGGCAUAUGUGUUUUCACAAAAACUUAUGCCACAAACACAACUGAACUAAUGCGAGACAAGACAACACUUUGCAUAAUUUAUUUGUCCCAUCUGUCACAUGUAAUUAUUGGAAUUAUGUACUUUAGGAAGUUAAGUCAAUAUCAGAUACAUGUGUAUAAAUACUUUUCUUAACUUUGCAAGCUUAUGGCAGGGGAGACUACAAAAAUGUACAAAGAAAAAGCCUGUAAUUUAAUGAAUGGAAAAGCAGGUAUAGCAUUCAAGAACCAAAGCUGUAGCGCUCUGCCUUCUCUGUAGUCUUGAUGUCUUUUAAAUGAACAGAGGGUUAAAAUCUUAGCAUUGUUAAUGAAUUAAGCAGAUAUUGGCUAUUUAAUGUUUUUCUACAGUGUUUUGUACAUUUUGUUUAAGAUACAGCAAAAUGAAGUGUCCUCUUUUGGAAAUUCAGUAUAUUUAAUAGGCUUUGACAUCUACUCUUUCCCAUUUUAUGGGGUUCUAAUAGGUUUUGGAAAUGUUCAGAUGAUUAUAUAUCCAGGAAAUACUCCUGUCUUAAAAUUCAUGUAACAAUAGUACCCUAAAAAUCAAAACCUCUAAGUAUAUUAUAGGAGAUGGAGAGUGAUUUCUCUAGUUGUUACCAAUUAUUUUCCUCCUUUUCAAGGCAUUAUAAGGAAAUUAAAAGUGCUACUGUCAUUUAUAAUUUUGAGAUUAUUUUAAAGCCCAAUGAAAGCCAAUAAUGAGUGUACAGUUUCAGUUGUAAACAACUGAAACUGAGCAUUUAAAACUAACCUCAGUGUUUAGUUUUGAAAUCAUCAUCCUGGUUAAGAUUCCCAAAUGUAUGGAGUUCAUGGCUUUAUAGAAAGUGCAAUAUUGAGAAACAACAUGUUUGAAAACAAGACAGAGACCUGUGUCCUCAGCAGCUGUGUAAUCUUUUUCUUCGGUCUGCAUUUCACAAAAUUGUUUUAGAUUUUUAAUCUCAAAUGAAAAAGUAAACAACAGCUUUUAGCAACUGCAAUCAUUUUGCAUUUUUGUUUCAGAUCUUGAUGUGCAUUUUGUAACUGUCACAAAAUCUGUGACUAUUUUGUAGUGUUGCUUUUGAUGGCUUACCACCACUUUAUAUGCUGUCUGUGUCAGGAAGUACAGUGCCAUUUACAAAAUAAACCUCAGACUUUCUUGGGCAGAAAGCAAUUUAAGGAAACAUGAGGUUACUGUACCUCACUGUUUUUCCCUUGGUUUUUCACCCACCCAUGUUUGUUUAUGCUGAACUUUGACUUAUUCAAAUGCUGCAGAUACACAUCAGUGGAAAGUCAUACACAUUAUUUAUGGCAUUUUUACUACGACUGUAAAUCAAAAAUAUGAGCAAGCAGGUGUUUUCCCCCCCCCCCUCAAAGUUAGAGCCUUAGCCACAACAUUUCUAGCUGGAUCUAAAGCUUGGAGUUGUUCAGAUCUGAAGUUUAGGCCGGUCUCUGCUUUCUCUUUCUCCUCAUUCAUAAGAUGCUUUACCCUUGUCUAUACUGGCCUUUUUUUCUGAGCGGUUUCCUACCAAUGCAGUUCCACCAGUGGUAGCACAAAUGUAGGCUGGCUGCCAGCAUUCUUACCAUCGUAACUUCUGGCCUAGCGCUGGACAACACCGGGGUCUACGCUAGCAGUACCUCGGAAAUAUUUCAGGAGAAAGGCAUGUGUAAACAAGAGAUCAUGUAAAUGAUCUCUGUGGUUUUAAGAGAUCUUAAUCUGACAUUAUAGCUGGUGCUUGUUAGAAUGGCUGGAUGUCACAGACAGUAAUGGCAUACAAUGUAAAGGAGCAAGAAGAGAGAGAGAUGGAUUAAAGAGGAAGGAUCCUCUUUCCAUAAGAAUAAUCUUAUUCAUUAGCACUGGAAAAGGCAUUUGUUUGUUAGUGUCAUUACCUGUUUAGGUAAGCAUGAAAGUUUGCUAUUGAAAUAAAGAGGUCACCUUUUCCAGUUACUUACUUUCCUAAAGUACUUGAGUUGUUUUAUUAGACUUGGUUAACACCAUUUUAUGAUUAUCAGUAUACACUGUAGUAGGGUACAGAGAACUCAGGCUCUAGUGGCAAUCCUUGGAAACAUUCUGACUGACUGACUGAGCCAGGAUUGCUCUGGGGGUGUACAGGGCACAGAUUGUGUCCACCCCACCCCGACUGGCAGGGCACCUUCCCUCUUCAGAUUCAGACAGUCCUGACACACACUACUGCAGGAGGGGAAGACACUUACAUGCUUGCCUGGUUAAGGUCCUUGUACUAAAUUCAAGGUCCUUGGAAACAGAAUAACCCUGUAGAAAGAAAGUACAAGAAGGGUUUCAAGAAUAAAUGUCCCAAACAUAGUUUCCAUUAAAGGAAAGGAUGUUCUCGCAGAAUGCUUAUAUCUUAAGAUCUCUUUUUCUAUUGUCCUCAUAUAAACCUUAACCCAAGUGAGGCUGGGAUGGACAGUGUUGUCUUUCAGACCCAGUCACUUCUUUGUGUCAGGGCAGGAAGAUUAGAGAUUUGUCUCCUAUAGAAAGACAUUACUGACUGGCUGCUGGUUGCCUAAUAAGGAUACGAUAACAUCAUUUCUCAAUGUUUUGCUUCACUUAAACUAUAGGGAUGAAAAAUACAGGUUAAAACAUGUUUGCUGAUAAGAAAAUUGCCCAGGUUUCCCAAGGAGAGGACAAAUAAUCAUUUAAUUAAGGACUAUUUACAACUCAGAGGACACAUCAUAAGGCUUUUGAGCCAGAAAUUAGAAUAUCCCAGCAUAAUGUCUAUUUCUGACACUCGAGGCACUGAAACAACUAAAAAGGAAAGCCGAUUAAAAUCGCAAGUUCCUCUUCCUGUAAAGUUUGCUGAAAUCCUUUCUUCUACCACUCACUUGCCAAUAUCUUUCCUUUCUGAAGCUGAUGGGGUGUAGUGAUUGCAAGCUGAACUUUCACUGUAGCAAUUUAGUGCAGUCCUAAAGCAAACAAUUUGUCAGCUUUGAUGAGAAAGCAGGACAGUACUUCAGGUAAAACCAUACCGCAUGCUCAGACAUGAAAACCAAAAGCAGAUUUAAAUGCCAGCUUCAAUUCAUUGUGUUUAUCACCCAAGCACCAUGUGGAGCAUUUCAUGAUUAGCCUUACAAUGUGUUAAAAAGUGACUUGUUGCCGAACACCUUAUUUAUCCUUCACAUAGUACAGCAUUUUCUAGAAAAUAAAGGUGCUGAUUUUUGUCUUCAGAUUUUGUCAGUGUUACUUUCAUGACGUGUGGUCUGUCCCUUCCCCGAUCUGAACUCAUUUCCCUUUGGGGCUGUCGGUUCCUGUUUUUUGAAAACCUAAAAUAUAACCUGACUGGGCUGAGGCCCAGCAUCGUACUUUCCUCUCUCACAUUCUUAUCUUCUGAUUUAGAAAGUCAGCAAAACUGCAGAGGAGUACAGCUCCCUAGGCUCAGGUAAAGUAGUAGUAUUCUCCCUCCCUCAGGCAGGUGGUAUGUCUGGGCAGGGUAUCUUACGGACAGUUAAGUAUGACAAUAGCUCUGCUGUAUGCAACCAGCAACAUUUCCUUUAGAAAGAAAAAGAUGGAGGGGAGAAUAGGAAAAAAAAAUGGACAGAGGGUAAGAGGAAUUGCACAAAAAAAGUAGAAUAGGUACUAACAACGACUGAAGUGCUGCUGUUGUGUGGGAAAGAGGCUGAGAGCAGGUCUUCAGUGAAGACACUAUUACGCCAAUAGGAGAGCUUCUCCUCUCAGCAUAGUUAAUCCAGGUGGUACCUAUGUCAAUGGGAGAAUUCCUCCUUUCAACAUAGCGCUCUCUGCACCGGGGGUUAGGUCAGCAUAACUGCAUUGCUCACAGGUGUGGAUUUUUCACACCCCUGAGCAACAUAGUUAUACCUCUGUUCACGUAAUGGAGGCCUGGCCUGAGAAUGGUAAGAAAACAACAAAAAAGAAGUGGGCAUAAUAUUUUCCAGUACAUGUUAUCUGAAAAUCUCUCUUCACUUAUGGUAGCAAAAUGUUCAGCAAGCGUUUAGGGGGCGUGGAAGGGAAGCUGAGUUUUCAGAUCAUCAGUGUGCUUUUCCAGAAAGAACAAUUCUCUUCAAAUUCUACUCGUUUCUGCUCCCCUUAAUCUCUCUCAGCAAUCACUGGAUCCCGAGCUAGAUCCCAUUGAACUACUUUGCUAAACUUCAUCAAUUAUUAAUUAUUACGUAAGAUGUGUUUCUCCUUUGAUGUGACAAAUGUGAUUCCUGACUAGUAGAUGAUUGAGACUAUAGGAUACAAUCCUUAGGUAAUAUAGCAUUGCAGUUGGGGAGGAAGGGGAAGUUAGAGAUUUCACCUUUGAUUUAGGUCUUACUCAAGGUAGCAUACUUUUUAAAUCCUCCGUGUGGGUUCGACCCCAGAAAAGCAAAUUUGUUGGUUUGACCUUGAACAAGGGAAAUAAUUGCUUAAAAAGAAAAACAUGAUUUCCCCAGUAAUCUGAAAACCUACAUUUAAAAUGGUUAUUAAGAAGAGAAAAUUGCAUGUAUACGUAAAGAAAGCAAUUCUCUUACUAACUUUCUGAAAUCCCUCCUUCCAUGGAACUCCUACUGAAGUAUAGUGUAGUUCUGUGCAGAGAGAGUUCAGGAUUGGGGCCUCAGUUUUAAUUUCUUAUUACUGGCCAUGUUUGAAGACUUCUUCUUUCACAUGCAUUAUCACUUCACUAAGGCAGAACCUUUUGAACUUUCUAACAGGAGAGCACUUACCUUAAAGGUUUUAAAAGAGUUCCUAAGGACUAAUUCACAAUGGCUAGAGCCAGGCAUAAAGGGCAUGCAGCUGCUUUGAUGCUUCCCCGCGUCACGAUCAGUGUACUUCACUCUUGACUUGCAGAUCUCUUGCUAUCACUGUACUUUCUCUCCUGAUCAGAGACUACCGGUCACAUUCAAUUAUGCAGUGGUUUAAUAAUAUGGACAAAAAAUUCGACUAGGCUGAAACCACAAACCCAAAAAGUGAAAAAACUGCACUAGAUCAUCUUUAUUCUUAUGUUCAUUUGUUUUUCAAAAAAUGAAUGCCACAGUGUAUCUUUAGGAGCAAUCACCUUACAAACAAAUGUUUAUGUUUUAGAUCACAAACCUUAGGGGACAGUUUUACAUGCAACUGUGAACUCAAGAGACUGCCACUCAUUCUGAAAAUGCCUGCAGGCUAGCCUGGAGGACAAUGAAGUCGCAUGACUUCACAAAGCAUGAACAGCCACUAGAAAAUGGUACCUAGAAGAAUAAUCCUAAAUUACCACCAUAGCUGUGUUUACAGUCCUGCUAUAAUUUUAGAACUGGUUUUAAACAUGCAGAGCAUUCCACUUCAUCAAACUUGGACUCUGUGUAGUAAGAGUAGACAUAAAAGCACACACAAGCACCAAAAACCAUCAACAAUCCAAGCUAAGGAGAUUUGUGAAAAGAAAAACAGCAUGUCAAACAAGAGAGAGAAAGGUCAGUCCUGGAGUAUUAGUUUACAGAGGGAGCAUUCUCCAUGUCACAACUAAAAUUUAACUUAUUGGACAGCCAGUAUGGACGUAGCCGAUCAGUCUUGCUAAAAUGUACCAAGAAAUAAAGAAGAAAACAAAAUCAUUCUGCUGAAUACCGGUAAAAAGAUGUAUUCAAUUAAAUAAAGCAGAAGAAGAACAAAACUAGAGAUUACCAUCGACAAAAAAAUGAAUGUAACCACAAUUAUGGGAUACGCAGAGUAAAAUACACCUCUAAUUAUUGUGUUUGGAUUUUCAGAAAGAUCAGUCUCUGCGGGACAAAUUCUGCUCUCAUGCUAGGAGCAGUCAAUUCAAUUGACUUUAACAGAGUUGCACUGCUAUCUAUGAAGCCAGCUAAAUUUCACUCCAAGACUUUUUUUUCUUUGAGAGAGAGAGAGAGAGAGAGAGAGAGGACAGUAUGGCCCUUAGUAUUUUCUUCUUCAGGUCUUCUCGGACAUCUGAAUGAGAUGCCUCCAUAUCCCUCACAUACUUCCAUUUCACAUUAUGCUGUGAGUUGCUCUUCAGAGACAAAGUUCCAGCUUCAUCUCUGGUUUCAUUUGGCCCAACAUCAACUAUUUCCGGAGUCUCAAAAAUACUACUGUAGGUAUGACAGCCCAAAGUAACUGUAAGGUAAAGGUGACUGCCUAGUCCACAUUCGAAUUACUGUUUCAUCCAACUAAAGACUUCUUCAAGAAAGCUGACUUACAUUCCUCAUAUUACAGUAUGUGAAAUUCUGCUGUUGACAUUUUCUUUGCAACACACAGCAUUCUAUUCCUCAUCUUUGAGGAACAAUGUGUAAUUAACACUGUCCACCCGCAGAGAGAAUUACCCUAUUUCAGUUGCAGUCAACAGACCAGUUCCAACUGAAUAAAGAGAGUAUUGUGAUGCCACAGUUUCCACUGAACCUCAAUAAGGAAACGUGUUCUCCUUUUAGCCCGUUUCAGAACUCCAAACAUAUUCUGCAUUCUUAAAUCAUCAUCAUUCUUAUUGUCAUCCAUUUUAUUUUUAGAGGCCUGGUUUCCUUGCUUACACCGCGUAACCUUUAGCUCUGCAGAUACUGUACUGCUCAAGGUCAGACUUGCAGACUAAAAACUCACGGCUUUUUAGUCCACUAAAUAUAUAGUUUUUUGCAGGACAUUUAAUAUGUGAUUAAAUGACUGAUUUUUAGGUGACCAAUUGAAUAAAGCUUUAUAGAUUUUUCCUCAGCAGGUAGAUCAAACACCAGUAGUGUCAUAAUCAAUCACAGCUGAGUUGGUAAAAAAAAAUUUACAUAUAUCAGUGUGUCUUGCAUGCAAUUUCCCCCUAACAGGUACAUGCCUUUUUUUUUUUAGUCACUAAUGUUAUUUAUUUUAAUGGUGCUCCACAUAAGGGUUAAAAUUGUGCCCCAGCUCCUCUCUGGAGUGCUAGGGAAGGGGUGUGCAGAACUGUAGCAGCCAAAUAGAGGUGCUUAUGCAGCCAGGAUGCCUCAGAGCCCUGCUGCUGGGAGCACUCUCUAUAGCAUUAGUAAAAUGUGCAGUGUGUGCUCCCCCCAGCACCCGCUGCCAAUUGCUAACUGAUGCACAAGUAGUAGAAACCUGGCCAUGCCCCCUUAUGCCUUACCCAGGCCAGCUUGCAGCUGUGGGUGGACAACCCCAGUGCCCAGGGAGUGCUGGUGACAGCCUUUUGUCUGGAUGCUAUACAGGUGCACAAGGGAGAAGGUGUAGAUGAGGCUUCCUGCAUAUCCACUGUGCAAGAGAUUGAACUAAUCCCUCCAUAGGAGUGCCAACCAGAUGAAAUGCAUCCAAUUAAAACUUCCAUUGUUCUGUCAGCAUAAUAAUUGUUAAUGAACAUAUUUCCUACAGGGAGUUUCCCCAUCUGAUUAUUAGAUGUUAGCUCCCUAAAAGCUGAAGAAAACAGAAAAAUCUAGUAAGAGAGGACUCAGGGUCUAGGCUUGGGCAUUGUGUUACCACAAAGGACAUGAUCCAAAAAAUAACAGUCCAAAGAGCUAAUCUGACCUAAUUAUUCUAAAAACAUCCUGCAAAAGGAUUGAAAACCAAAACAUACAUUUUGUAUCAUUUAGUUGCCAUCCCUGUAGCAAUUGCACAGUCAUGUGUAAUCAAGGGGUUUCCAGAAAGGACACUUGAGCUGACAGUUGUAGGGGCCCUGUCUUUCCAAUUAUACGUGUGUUUAUUUUUCUUUUGGAUAACUGCAUGGUGAAACUGGGGGGUAGAAAGAGUCAGACAUACCAUCGCAGACUUUUGACACCUGUAGCCUUGAGUAGCAAGGCACUGAUGUAGUUUACAAUUUUUAAAUGUAUUUAGAUUUUUUUUUUCCAUUUUGUGCCAAUGAAUGCACCAGCAAAUUUAAUAUCCGGUAAAACACCUUUUAUGCUCAUUGUUGUUUAAAAAUAAUAUAUUUGUGAAACGGAUUGAUAACACGUAACACUGGAAAUGGGUGCUUCUUCCCAAAAGUACAUGUGUAAAAAAAAAAAAAAAAAAAAAAAAAAGCGGGGUGGGGGGCUUAUGUAGGUUUAUCUGGUUUUUAAGAAUGUCUCAAAAUGAUAGCUGUGUAAUACAGUUUAAUUGUCUCUCCUUUAUAAAUUUAAACACAGAUCUGCAAUUUUAACUCUUAUUUAUUUGCCAAUUUUUAUAUACAUAGAAGUUACACUUUUGAACUUAAGCUAACAUUUUUUCCUAGUCUGUUACAAAAUAGGCGUUCAAUGAUCUUGUAAACUGCAGACAGUUUUGGUUUGUUUUAAUAGCUUCUUGUCUCUUCUGAUGGACCAAUUACCACUGAGUCUGCAGUCCCCCUUUUUACUGUAUUCUUCCAAUAAAUGUAAAAUAUUUGUA